UUGUGGUGGCUCCUGCUGACCGGUAUUCGUUUAUGAACAACCGUUAUAUGAAAAAUUAGGGAUGGCGUAUAAUUAUUUUAAGGACAACUUCUCACCGUGUUUACAUGGACACAAUUAGGGACAGCGAGUGUAAAGUUUUUAUAAAUCGGAUGAUAAAGUUGGAAUUUAUUCUGGCACAGCGGUAGACAGCUAAAGAGACGCUGGAGCUCAAACACUUCCACUCCACACUGGCGCAUGAUGUUGGACCAACACUGUGAGUGAGUGUACAGAGCUGGGCAGAAGUAGGCUACUACAGUAAAAUGUAUAUUGUUAAAAAUACAAAGUAGCCUACCCAUCAGAUUAAAGAAUUUAAAAUGAGACAAAAUACUGGUGUGCUUUAGAAUAAUAGGCCUACAUGUAUUUUGUAUUUUCAAAAUACAGGAAACAUUGGACAUUCUAAUUUAAGUUACACAAGGCUGUUGAGAGUUUAAACCCUGCUGGAAGGAAGAACACAAAGUUGAAUGCUACUGUAUCUAAGCAAAACUGUAAAAACAACAACAACAAUAUAGAAAAUACUCUUGUACAGUAGGGAAUGUUAAAACGUGUUCUCUGCCAUUUCAAAGACAUGUCUGUUGAGACCUAUGGUUGAGACCACCUCCUUUUAGACUUAUAAAACGUCUCUGUUUUUAUAUACAGUCUAUGGUUGAGACCCACCCACUACAGUUAGGAGCCUAUUUAAUUGCCUUUAAGAACAAUAAACUUUUCAAAUAUUUCUGUUGUUAACCGACUCAUGUACAGAUGGAGUAUUAUUCCUGCAAAUGAGGACAGUCUCAAACGGAGCUGAAGAAGGGAGAAUUGUGUUAAAUUAGAGUAAAAAGGCUUGAUCAGUUCAUACUUGUUGCACGGUUUCAUAUUCAGUCCAGCCAUUAUACAGGCUACGUUUUGACCGGGUCUGGGUUUUUUUGUGUUUUAUGAAUUAUGAAGAAAGUAUUUUGAAAAUACAAAAUUACUCCAAUAGGCCUACUUUGAAUAUUUAGGGGGUAGUCCAGCAAUUUUGUAUCAGGUGUUCAAAAAGUUGGUGUAUUAAGUAGAUGAGGCUGAGAUAUUCUGAUUUAUAAUCCUAUGGGUGGAAAAACUCAUGCAGACUGGACCGAUCUAACAAACUGUGUGACUGUCAUUAAAGAUAAGAUGGGGGCCCAGAGGAGUAAUAGCCUAAUUGUGAGUGUCUGGUGCCCUGUGAUAAAUAAAAAAUGUAACUUUAGUUUUGUCCUGGUGUAGGCCUAAAUUUGCAUUGCUAUACUGCAGCCUAUAUUGAACAGUAAAAUGAGCAGUGACUGAUGGAUUGGGUACUCUCAGUGUUUCCACUGGAGUCCUAUACUGUAAGAAUGGUAAAUCAGUGCAGGAGAGGCUGAGAUAUCCUGAUUUAUAAUUUGUAUGAGUAAAAAAAAAUUAGGCAAUUACACUUUCAUUAGAUCCUCCCUUCCUGGGAAAAGCUCACUUCUUUGGAACUCCAUGUGCCCAGCUUGCGAGGCAGGCUUUACAAAAUGUGACGUUCCCCAUCCCAAGCAAAGAUAAUAGUGAUGGCAUCACAGAGUAAUGUUCGCAGACUUUGGAAAGCUUCCUCCAGAGCCACAGAAGACAUUAUACAACUGUUUUCACAGGCUGAGUUGUGCUUCCAGUAAACUGAUCCUCGCAAAUAAAACAGGUGGAGAAGGGUUUAACCAGUCACUUUACAGUUUCAUUUAAAAUAGGCUAUUAGCAUUGAUGUUUUGGGUAUUUUGGCAGCUGGCCACUGGCAGCAUUAAAUGACAGAUCAAUUAAUUAAAAAACAACUGAACUCAUAAAAAGUAUUGGUAGCACUGCUUAAUUAGGCUAUAAGUCUAUGAUAAAAUGAGCUGUAAUGAGAGAAGAACACAAGAAAAAAUUAUGAUAAAUAGAUAGAUAGAUAGAUAGAUAGAUAGAUUGAUAGAAUUUGCUGUAUCUGAAUUAAACUGAAAUUAUUUCAUCACACACAUACAACUAAACUUUCUUCUGUAAAUGGUUCCAAUAGACUAUGACCAUUAUUUCUGCAAAUAAUGCAGCUGUUUCACUUUUAAUUGGUUCUCCCACUACUGUCCUUUCAACAGAUAUUAAACAUUAAAUUGGGCUAUUUAAAAAGACUAUAACCUAAGCAGAGGGAUAGUGCUAUCUCUUUAAUCACCAAAGGUCACACUCAGAUGAAUUCAAAAAAGUUACAGGGGAUUUGAUAGGUUUAGGCUAUGUGUGGUUAAAGCUACAUAUUGUCUCAGUUUCCGUGUGGGCUUCUGGCUUUGUACUGUGUUCAACAAGAUUAUGGGAUGUACGGGAUGGGAUGUGGGCUAGAGCUCUCUCAGCCCAACCACGACGAGAGCAUAACGCAUAUUUGUCUGCUCGGAUGCAGCAGCAUCCUCUCAGAAAGCACUGCUUCAGUCAGACCGCCUCAGCCCGCCGAGGAUGCUGGAGGAUGCUGCCGGAGGAUCAGCCCAGCAGCCCGAGCCGUGACACAUUUCUGCUGAAGUCUUUCGCCGAAAUGAAACAGGCUGCGAUUUAGACUGGGAUCAGCACGGAGGCAAAAAAAAAAAAAAAAAAGAGCCUAUAGAGAAGGGGUAAAAGUAAAAACUCUCCUCAGCUGCCUCAUCUUCAACUUGAUUCCGGGGCAUGCAUGGGAGUCGUCGGCGCGGAUGCGGCUGUGCACCGGCUUUAGAAGUUGGACAGACAAAAAUCUGAAUGCCAUGACUCUUGGAUUUGGACAAGUGCAGACGGCGUGCAGCAUUUUGCAAAACAAAGGUGGACUUCUCCUUUUGUCCAAAUUAUGUGUCCUCGGAGGUUGUUAUCUGAUCAACAUGUGGCACUUAAAUAAUAGGUACCUUUAGUGUAUGCUGUCUAAGGCAUGGAAGAAUAUUGAUCCCUGAAGAACCCAUGGGUGCUACUUUUUAAAUGGAAUGAAGACACUACCUUGAUAUGAUGGAUGAUAGACCCAGUAAGCUCAUCUUGGUUCCUAUUUUAGCUGUCCUUUUUGUUAUGAUAGGUUACCAGUACAUAUGCCCCGCUGGCAGCAAUUCGUGCCACUUUAAGGCUGGGGAGAAAUUAAGGGGGGUAAGCCUACUUUCCACCCCGUAUCAGGACAGCGAUGAUUUCGACCGAGAUCAAGACCUGGAGGAUGACAGCCCUCCUAAACUACCGUCCAAAUUCAACUUCACCGAAAGAGACCUUGACAGACACGUGGAGUUCAACAUCAAAGGGGACGACGUGAUAGCGUUUUUGCACAUCCAGAAGACCGGAGGAACCACUUUCGGGAGACACUUGGUGAGGAAUAUUCGCUUGGAGCAGCCGUGCGACUGCAAGCCAGGACAGAAGAAAUGCACAUGCCACCGACCAGGGAAAGCAGAGUCCUGGCUUUUCUCCCGCUUCUCUACUGGAUGGAGCUGCGGACUACAUGCAGACUGGACCGAGCUAACGAACUGUGUACCUGUCAUUAUGGAUAAGAAGGAUGCCCAGAGGAAUAAAAGGAACUUCUACUACAUCACCAUGCUGCGUGACCCAGUCUCCCGCUACCUGAGUGAGUGGAAGCACGUCCAGCGCGGAGCCACAUGGAAGACCGCCCUCCAUAUGUGUGAUGGACGCUCGCCCACCCAGGACGAGCUGCCCACCUGCUACAGCGGGGAUGACUGGUCUGGUGUCACCCUGACAGAGUUCAUGAACUGCCCGUCCAACCUGGCCAACAACCGGCAGGUCCGCAUGCUGGCUGACCUGAACCUGGUGGGCUGCUACAACCUGUCCUCUAUGAACGAGAGCCAGCGUAACCACAUCCUUUUGAGCAGCGCCAUGACCAACCUGAAGAACAUGGCUUUCUUCGGCCUGACUGAGUUUCAACGCAAGACGCAAUACAUGUUUGAGCGGACGUUCAGCCUGCGCUUUAUCUCCGCUUUCACGCAAAUCAAUAGCACACGAGCCGCCAACGUGGACCUGAGCGAGCCCGUGCGCAGACGCAUCGAGGAGCUUAACUUCUUGGACAUGCAGUUGUACGAGUAUGCGAAGGACCUGUUCCUCCAGCGUUUCCAGUUCACCCGCCAGAGGGAGCACCAGGAGGUGCGCUUGAAGAGACGUGAGGAGAGGCGCUGGCUGAGGGAGCAAAAAGAGCAGGGCAGGCCGUGGCCGCCCAAACACAGAGGGGGCGGAAAUAGAGUUGGGAGAAGAGGAGAGGGGUUGGAGAAAGGGACUGACGGUGACUUCCCCACCACCACUGAGGACUACACAAGCCAAGUGGCCCGUUGGUGAGGUUUUGGUUUCAAGAGAGAGGAGCAAGAGAGAUUCCUCACAGACUAGUUCAAACAUUUCCUUUGACUCGCUCUCUUGCGCAUCCUAUGUCUCUCUCUUUUUGUCUCACCAUUGAUCUGUCUCCUGCAUCUGUCUGUUUCUCAGCUUCAGUGUGAUCCAAGUGCUUUGCUGUUCCUUUAUGAAAACUGCCAAGUCUGUGAGUCUCACAGCAGCUCUGCCUUGGAGUGCCCUUUGGUGUCUUAAAUCUUUAAAUGCUCUUUAUAUAUAUUUUUUGUCAUUCAAUUUUGUUGUGUUGAAUAAGAUAGUAAACUGAGGUGAAAGAAAAAAAAAACAAUCAAAAGAAGCGACCAUAGACUGUAUUGCUUUUAAUUUUGACAUUCACAGCAAAACUGAUGAAUGUCGUGGUCCUUGUUGCAACUAGAAAACAUAUUCCAUUUGAAAGAUGUAGUUGUAGAAGUACUAAUGGUUGCAUGUCACACGUCCACAAAUAUACUGACAAUUGGGGAGAGCAAUAUCCAAAAGAUAUACAGUAAUAAUAACAGUAGUAUAUACUGUGAGCCAAAGGUAACAAAAAACACAAUGUAUUUAUUGUAUUUUUUUUUAAAGACCAUGUUGUAUGCAUGCAGUACCUAUGUUUUAAACCAAAUUAAAGGCUAUAUCUAAUGCUUAUAUUUUGGUUACAGUCCAGUAUAUAUCAAUUUUUCAAGUGCAAAACCUUGUAGACUUCAACACGUCUUCCAAAGAUAAAAUACCAUACACACAAAGCCAAUCACACAGUCACACAGAAGGCAUCCUGCUGAUCAAAAUAACUUCAGUCUGUCCCCAUAUUUCGCCCAAUGUAAGCUGGGAUUGGCUCCAGCCCCCCGCGACCCUGCACAUAGGAUGAGCGGUUGACGAUGGAUGGAUGGAUGGAUGGAUGGAUGUCCCCAUACUUUUGGUAGAAUAUUGUGUUUUUACAUGAGAACUGCGAACGAGUACUCUGUGAUGAGAAAAGCAGAUUUUGUGAGUAACUCCUUUUUGAAGUAGUGGCCUGCAGAGAGAAAAAAGUUGGUAAAUAGUUCAGGUGAUGAAAUGUGUCAGCGUGGCAUGGUGUGUGGCUCGACUGUGAAUGAGAUGAUCAGCAUUCAGUUCCCAUGCCCCUCCCCGUCACACUGGCUGCUUUUACAUGUUUGUAGAGCUGACGGCUACUGCACCGUGGGCGGCGAGAGGGCUCUAACGCCAGCAGAGUGCCACCCUACAAAGACCAGCCUCAAAGCAGAUAGUCGAGAAAUAAAAACAUGUCAUUUUUUCUGCCCAAUAGCUUCCAGUCCCAGCGCGGCAAACACACUAAGAUGAAAGAGGGCUUGUCUUUAUAUGGUUAAAUAGGCUUCAUUGAUGCUUUUUAUGCCUCUUAUCUCAUAUUCACUCACCAUCCCUGCAUAUCAAAUUAAAUGUUCACUAAAUGUCAAUACUGAAGUGGUAUGGCUGCUGCUAUUUCUCAUGUUUCUUCUGAUUGCAGUUACUUGUAAAAUACCUCAAACGGCACACUUUUGUUUCAUUUUAAAGAAUCACCUGUGUUUUGUCUUGUCUUUUUUGAGUGAUUCAUCCAGCUGAUCCAGUGAAUGUGUUGAAUGAAUACCAGUUCAGUUGUUUGAGCUGUUAGGAGUUGUACAGGUGCCAUUGUCUGUAUGGAUGCACUUAUAUAGUGCAUAGAUUGAUGAAAAAGAACAAAGACUAAGUGUGUAGCACAUUGAAAACACUCGUUUAAGUGUUUCAAGUGGAGUUACAGCUCUGAAUAUUGAAUCAUUCGGUGUAUAAUUUAUAAUAGAAUUCAUGUAGUUAUGCCAUUCAUGGUGCAGCAGUGAAAAUAGCAUGGUGACAAUGUUAUGUGAAUGUCAAAUGAUUGAUAAAGGGUCAUUUAUACUUGCCAUUUUCACUCAAGAAGCAGUAUGGGGAACUUUUACAAUAAAUUUUUGUCUCCACUUUAUACAUUUCAGGAACUUUAAACUCCACUACUUUUAUUUGACCGCUGUAGUUGGUAGAGUUGCAUACUUUUCAUUCACCAUGAAAAUAUUGCUUAUAUUUUGACAUAUUGGACAAUAAUCUAACUAUUUAAAAUACUUUAUAGUUAACAAAAUGUAUUUGAAGGCUUAAAGUAAAAGUUGUCGUACACUAAUAUGUUCCCCAUAACUGAUAUAUAAUUAUAUAUCAAAUGGUAACAUUGUUGUUUAAUAUUGUACAUGGUCCCUUACAAAUAAAAUUGUUAAAAUAAAAUAAAAUUGUUAGAUUGUUAAUACUGAUGUUUUAACUACUUCCUAAAAUGUAGGAGUCAUGCUCCCUCCAAAGGGUCACAGGAUCAUUGUGGUGGGUUAUGAGAUAAUUAAUGGCAUAGGAAAAAAGAAAAAAAAAUCUAUUUUCAUAUUUCGGAGUUUUCUCUAAUCUUUGGUUUUUGUGAAAUAUUGGAUAUUUUAUCUAUUCGAGCCUCAAAUAAUUAUUUUAAUAAAACCACAGACAAACAUGACAAGGAGACCCAACACUAUUUCUGAGGAUGUGAUCACAAGCCAUAAACUUAGCAUGUACUAUUAAUAAAACAAUGUAACUAGUAACAAUACCUGUCAAAUACAUUUAGUGGAGUGUAAAGUACAAUUUAUCCUCCUGAAAUGUACUAAAGUAGGCUAGUAGUAAAGUAGUAAACUAUAAAGUAGCAUAAAAUAGAAAUACUCAAGAAAAGCAUAAGCACCUCAAAAUUUUCCUUAAAGGUACAAUGGGUACAAUAUGGCCAGAAUUUUUGUUUAAAAUAUUCAAAUUAUCAACGGAAUGUGAAAUGUCAUAUCAAAGUUGUCUUGUCUAAUUGUGUUGCAGAGAUAUCUCCUGAUAUCCAGCUAGCUGCUUGACGUCUCUCCUGUCCCUGCCUGAACCCGCCCUGUCUUUGCCCUCCUGGUCGGAGUCGCUGUAAAUCUCUUUGUUACUGUAUUCCCUGUCGUCAAACUGGCCUCAGUCUGGACGCUGUUCGGUCCUGGUCUGGCUGUGAUCAGUUUAGGGCUGCUGAGCCCGUUUCUGUUGCUCGCUUGCCUGGUUCUGGUGCUUAUUCUGGACCGUUAGCUGCACGGCUAACAGAGCUAACUAUCUAAUGGCAGUUAGCAGUUAUGACCUGAUUGCUGCCCCCUAUGAAUUCGAUAGGUGCAAAGUAGUCUCAAUUCUUACACAUUGUACCUUGAAGUACAGCACGUGAGUAAAUCUACUUAAUUAACUUCCACUAGUGGAUUUGAUUGACAGUGGCCUGACACUGUGAUCUCACCAACUUUUGAUUUUUUAUAUGGUCAUUGCCAAAAGGACAUUUAUUCUGGAAAUUUCUUUUAAUAAAAACAACAUGCUGCAGCACUGUGUGACAAGCUGUAGGAAUUACAAUGUUCCCCAGUGACAGAUGGCAUGAGCACCGCAUGAUUAGUAGAAGUGCCAUAUAGCUAUUAAUGAAAGGCUUCUUCUGGUGUUGUUAAUGUGCAAUAUUCCCAAAUUUAUACACACACACACACACACAUAUAUAUAUAUAUAAAUAUAAGUUUGCUGGCAGCUAAAAAGUUGACACUGAGCUGUAUUGCUUGAUGAACAACUGGGAGCUAAACUUCAUUGCCAGUUUGACUAUUUAUGAAGGAGCAGUAUGGAGUAUGAAGAGUUGGAAUAGUGUGAAAGGGAUUAAGCGUGCAAAAUAUUGUGUAAGCAAUGAAAGGUGUUGAAAAGAGAGUUUUAGUGUAAGGACUUAAAUGAGCGUAUGUGAACAGAGAAGAAGUUGAGGUGUCAUUCAAGUGUCUUAGUUGGAAUAAGGGUAAAACAGCUGAGGUCUAAGCCCUGUAAGCACUGCAAUUAGCUGCCGUGUAGAAGAGUUGAGUGGCGUGUGUGUGUGUAUUUUUGUUACCACUAAAUUUUUGUGCUGCCUUACAGCCUGCUGUGAGAUAUAGUUUACAGACUGAUCACUUACUAGAGAGGCAGUAGAAGGAGUUGAAAUAAUUAUGUUCAAAUGUUUAUAAUAAAGCUACUUUGGCACCACAGAGAUCUGAGAACCGGUCUAAUUAGCAAACCUCAAUCAGCUGGUUGCCGCCACCUGCAAUUAAUAUUUGCUGUGGUCAUGGUAACUGCUGAGUAACUCUCGGAUCAGACAGUUCAUUUAGUUGAUUGAGAAGCCCCAAUCAUAUUCUGAUUUAUUAGUUAAAAGGCAUCAUUAGAUUUUUACAUUGUGAGAGAGAAUGGACUCUGCUGAACAUGUUGCUUUAAAAUAUGUGUAUAGUGUCAAAAAUGUGUGGAAAAAAGUCCCCUCUUCUGUUUUACUCCUGAAGUUUCUGGUCUCACUUAACAUUGUAGUCAAUUGGGCAGUUGGAUGGCACUUUUAGGCUCAUUGUGCAAAAUGUGUAUAUCUGUUUGCUUAAAUAAUUACGCGAGGGCAAAUUAUUCUACGUUUUGUUGAAUAUUUAAGAAGAGUUUAACAGCUUAACCCUCUCUGCGUGUGAUGUUACCCACUCUAACUCUGAACGUUCCCUCCACUCAUUUGUAUGGGGGGGGAUCCCUAAAAAAACAUAGUAUUUUGGAGAUUUUGAAGUCUGAAUUAUGUUUCAACAUUGAAUGGCGCUGAAGUACUGUACCAGCAAUGCCAACAAUUACAUUAAUUUGUCAUAAAGCCAUUGCCUUGACAUGAUCAAUGUAUACAUAAAAAACUCACAUUUAAAGGCUGAGAUGUCAUCACCUCAUGAACAAAUCUUUUACAGAGGUCGGGGUUUAUUUCUUAGUCACAGUUGACAGUCUCUGUGUUAUGAUUUAUCUGUACUAUUUGUCUUCUGCUUAUUCUCUUUUUGAACACAGAAAAUAUAUGGGACAAUUCAACUGCUGACAGGAGUUUACUAUUCAAAUUUAGGUUUAUUUUUUAUGUGGCUUCUUAACGUUUGUUUUCACCAAAUUAUGUCCUAAAACACUUCCCACCAAUUUUGAAACUGGAAAAGUGAAAACUCUCAAACUACGGUGUAAAUAAAACGAUGAAAAAAGCCAACAUGGAUUUUCACUCUAAAUUUUACUGCCAUUCCCAGAAAAGUGUGACAUGCCGCUUAUAAGAAUAUUUUAAUGAACUUGUACUGCCACUCCAUGAAAACGCAUAUCUCUGAGAAGCUGAUUUAUAUGUAUUUGUUUAUUUAUAUAAUUUCAACUGUUGCUAAAGAAUGGCUUUGCCUGAUUGAAAAUACCAGUGUUACCAACACCUCAGUGAUAAUGGAAGAGAGCUUUCUUAGUGUAAGAAUUUCUAUGUACAUGUUAAAAGUCUUGUGAUGAAACAGUCUAACAGCCAUUUGGCAUGUAUAUUUAAUCUGCCAUUUUUCUUGCCAGACCUGAAAAAAAUUGUGAAUUCUGCUUAAGAUAUCAGAAAUAAAUGCAUUGA